AUGUCAGAGCCUCACAGUCUGCAUGAGCAUCAUCACCACCAUCACAAUCAUCACCAUAACGCAGAAAACCAGACACAGAAUGUCAGUCAGCAACUGGAGCUGGAAGUUAAGCAACCUCAAGGAGUGAGGAUCGGCAAGUAUCAGGUUUUGAAGACUCUUGGUGAGGGGUCUUUUGGAAAGGUUAAAUUGGCUGAGCACUUGACGACGAACCAAAAAGUUGCUUUGAAAAUCAUCAACAGAAAGACUUUGGCAAAGUCCGACAUGCAAGGUAGAGUCGAGAGGGAAAUUUCAUACCUCAGAUUGUUGAGACACCCACACAUCAUCAAGCUCUACGAUGUCAUCAAGUCGAAAGACGAAAUUAUUAUGGUGAUUGAAUUUGCAGGCAAGGAAUUGUUUGACUACAUUGUGCAAAGGGGUAGAAUGCCGGAAGACGAGGCGAGGAGAUUUUUCCAGCAAAUCAUAGCCGCAGUCGAAUACUGUCAUAGACACAAGAUUGUACACAGAGACUUAAAGCCAGAAAACUUGUUAUUGGACGACCAUUUGAACGUGAAGAUCGCGGACUUUGGUUUAUCUAAUAUCAUGACCGAUGGUAACUUUUUGAAGACCAGUUGUGGAUCCCCCAACUACGCGGCUCCUGAAGUUAUCAGCGGGAAGUUGUACGCCGGGCCCGAGGUUGAUGUUUGGUCCUCGGGUGUCAUCUUGUAUGUGAUGUUGUGUGGAAGGUUGCCCUUUGAUGAUGAGUUUAUUCCUGCCUUGUUCAAAAAAAUUAGUAACGGUGUCUACACCUUACCUAAUUAUUUGUCAGAAGGUGCGAAAAGUUUGUUGACGAGAAUGCUUGUGGUGAAUCCAUUGAACAGAAUCACAAUCCAUGAAAUCUUGGAAGAUGAAUGGUUCAAGCAAGGAAUCGAGGAGUACUUAUUGCCACCUGACUUGUCCAAGACAAACCAUAACAAAAUUGAAGUUGACGAAGACGUUAUUGACGCUUUAACCAUGACUAUGGGCUAUGACCGAGAUGAGAUCUUGAACGUUAUUCACUCUUGUAACAAGCAACAGAACCCUCACCAACAAUCCAAUGAAAUCAUCGAUGCCUACCUAUUGAUGAAAGAAAAUCAUUCUUUGGUGAAAGACCUCAAGAAAAACAAGACAGAGAAAAUGGAGACUUUCUUGUCGCUGAGUCCCCCUCCAGCAUGGAACACUACAAACGCAAGUAAUAUGCCUGCUUCUCACCACGCCCCAGGAGUACAACAAUCAUUAACUUACCAGACUUUAGCCACUGUGCCGGACUUGUCUACGUUGCCAAAUUCCACCAUUGCUAUCUUGCCGUCAUCGCUUCCGUCCAUACAUCGGGCUUUCAUGAUGCAACAGCCUGACGCUGGGCAAAACAAAAUCAAUCCGGUGUCGUCUAAGAAGCUGAAAACGAAGUGGCAUUUCGGUAUCAGAUCUAGAUCAUACCCAUUAGAUGUCAUGGGUGAGAUUUAUAGGGCGUUGAAGAAUCUUGGAGCGGAAUGGUCCAAGCCUACGGAAGAAGAGCUUUGGACGAUUAGAGUUAGAUGGAAAUACGGACCGUCAAUGGUGGACGAGACUGCGAAGAACGGCGAGUGUGUACCUCCCGAUUUGAUGAAAAUGAGGAUACAGUUGUUCCAAUUAGAACCCAACAACUACUUGGUGGACUUUAAGUUUGAUGGCUGGGAAAACUCUUCGGGUGAGCCUCCUGCUAGACAGGACGUGGACGAAAUGAGCUCCUUUUCAGCAUACCCAUUUUUGCAUCUUGCCACUCGUCUUAUUAUGGAGUUGGCCGUCAAUUCCACACAAGCCUAA